ACGGCAUUCUCCACUUGAUCGCUUAGUCCUCGUUGUAUACUUGGUGAUCAUCAACGGUGUGCUGCUAGUGCUGGAGUGUAGAAGGGCAGCUUCAUUGAUUUAACGACACGAUAUAUACUGCAGUCCUGACUGCAAGCCUGUCUUUCACUUCAGGCAUUCUUCUCUUGGACAGAAUUGCACAGUGACAGAUACAUACUUAGGCAUCGACGUCUACUUUUUUCUUCUUGGGCACCAAUAGCCGGCUGUUCGACAUUUUGCACUAAAAUGUCUCGUUUGCCUCUACUCUCGCUGCUUGUUUUCCCUCUAUUAGCCCUCUCUCUUGCACUCUAUGCACAGUCGUCGUUGGCAACAUUCGCCACAGCAUCUCCGUUUGGUUUCAAGCUUCCGCUAGCAGUAUCCACUUUCGUUACAUUCGUGCAGGCUCAGAUUCAGGCGCCAUUCUCCACUGGGCAACAGAAUACCGAUGAGCUUUCAACACACCAGUCGCCAGAAAAAGUUGUGGAUGUAGAAAGCAAUGGUCACGCAGAUGCGCGUGCACCGUAUUCACGACACAUCAUAGCAGUGGGGGAUAUACACGGAGAUUUUGAUAAUGCACAGAAGGUACUGCAAAUGGCGGGGGUUGUCGAUGAAAACAAUGAAUGGAGCGGAAAGGUGGAUGUUUUCGUGCAGACGGGAGACGUCAUCGACAGAGGAGAUGAUACGAUCGACUUAUUCAGAUGGUUUGACGAGCUGCGAGAACAAGCUGAAGCGGUGGGUGGUAUCAUGCUGACCCAUCUCGGUAACCACGAAAUCAUGAAUGCUAUUGGUGACUGGAGAUAUGUGUACCCUGCUGAAAUUGAGUCAUUUGGUGGAGUUGCAGCUCGACAGAAGGUAUUGUCAUCGGGAUGGUUGGGUAAAGCAUGGGCGACAAACUAUACUGUGGCCUCGCGCCUUCCUUUACAUCCCUCCCUGGGGCCACCGAACACGGACUACCCGCCGUCGAACACGAGCCCUCACCAGAAAGCAAACACAGGUCCACUGUCACAUGCUGCAUUCGCGUUCGUUCAUGGAGGCCUUGCACCAACCUACCCGGAUCUCGUGCCUUUCCCAAGUGCUAUCAACAAUUUGGGGUCGUCUCUCCUACACAAGCUACGGAAGCGGGCUCCGCAGCCUCCUCCGCAUCCUCCCAAUGCAUACCCAGGGUUACCUGCGGGAUCGACGCGCGAAGAAGUGAGGUUGUAUGGAUCAGAUGGACCGUUGUGGUACCGUGGGUGGGCAGAGAGUGAAGAGGCGAAGAUAUGCAGCCAAAUAGACGAAGUGCUGCAGAAGACAGGCACACGAAGGAUGAUCAUGGGUCACACGCCCAAUUUUGAACACGUUGUGUCCAGAUGCGAGGGAAAGGCUAUCAUUAUCGACACAGGCAUUUCGCACGCAUAUGGAGGUGUUCUGUCGGCAUUGUCGAUAACAUACAACCUGAUACCUGUAAAGGGCGGAGGAUGGAAGGAACAGGAGAUUGUGAAAGCGCUGUAUAGCGAGGCUGAUGACGAGCUGGUGAUAGAGGUAGAGCGGGACCUGGUCGAGGACCUUUGGUAGGUCUCUCGGACCAUGGCUCAUGGACCAGAGAGGCGAUGGAUCACGAAGGAGAGAUGCUGUGACGUAGUGGCGUAGGUGACGUAGAAAUGGCGAGAUACCGGAUUAGGACAGUACGUGUUGGCUGGAACUAUUUAUGUCAUUUGGUUAAUCGCGAGUGGAAUUUACAUUCUCGAUGAAUCACG